AACGAUUUAAAAAAUAAACACUGGCGUUCCUGGGUUUCAAAUAAGGCUGUUUAUUUUGUUUACAUGGGUGCUGGCACUUUCUAAACUAGUCUCACAGUUAGUUAACCGCUCUGUUUUUAAAGUUUAGCUAACGACCAGGCUCGGUGUUGUGCUCCUGCCUGCACCCCAAAACCGACGUGGGACUGCUGUUGAGAAUCAGGGAUCGAUUAACAUCGUGAGAGCAGACGUCCCUGGUCAUCAUCAUUGACAUUUAUUCCACGCAGAGCAGCAGCACUGGAGGGAUGGAUGUGACCUCAAGUCCAGUAAACAAACAGGCUCAGUCUAGAGCAGCCAGGACUUCAUCCAAUCAGAAGUCCAACAGAGAGACGUUGGUGCAGAAAGACAAGCCUGCGCCGCGCAGCAAAGAAAAUCCUGCCACUGCAAGGAACGAACCAAGCCAGGGACCAUGCAAGACUUUUCCUGAUAAACCGGGGGAGAGGAAGCGAGGGCGAUCCUCCAAAUUGACCAGACUGAGCGGGAGAACAAGUUCGGGGGAGAGAGCUCCCAUGCCUCAGUCCGGAGAGGAUGCUGCACAGCGGAGGCCCGCUGUGGAGGAAAGAGACCUCACAGAGCAGCAGCUGGGCCUCCGACAGGCGGAGGAGCGCCUCCUCAGAGACUACAUCCACCGUCUAGUCAAACAGUCCCCGGAGUACCCAAACUAUCAGUACUCAUGCAAGCUGUGCUCUGUGCACAUCGAGAACAUCCAGGGUGCACACAAACACAUCAAAGAGAAGAGGCACAAGAAGAACAUCACAGAGAAGCAGGAGGAGAACGAGCUGUGGGCUUUGCCGCCGCCCUCCGCCACCCAGCUGAAGGCCGUGGACGCGGCCGUCAGAGAAGUCGCAGCGCAGCAGGGGAUCUCAGAGGAGGACUUUAAAGUUCGGGAGACGGUGGUCACCAGAAUGGAGGAGGUCAUAAAACGGCACCUUGCAGCCUGUUCCCUUCGUCUCUACGGUUCCUGUCUCACUCGUUUCGCCUUCAAGUCGAGCGACAUCAACAUUGAUGUCACCUUCCCUUCCACAAUGACUCAACCUGAAGUCUUGAUUAAAGUGCUGGAAAUCCUCAAAAACAGCGUUGAAUUCUCUGACGUCGAGUCAGAUUUUCAUGCCAAAGUUCCUGCUGUGUUUUGCCGCGAUAAAAGCAGCGGCCUCCUUUGCAAAGUGAGCGCGGGCAACGACGUUGCUUGUCUCACCACCAAUCACUUGGCAGCUUUGGUUAAACUGGAGCCCAGACUGGUUCCUCUGGUGCUCGCUUUCCGCUACUGGGCAAGGCUGUGUCACGUCGACUGCCAGGCUGAAGGAGGGAUCCCAUCAUACUCCUUCGCUCUUAUGGUCAUCUUCUUCCUGCAGCAGAGGAAAGAGCCCAUCCUUCCCGUCUACCUGGGCCGCUGGAUCGAAGGCUUCGAGGUGAAACGCGUGGAUGAAUAUCACCUGACUGGAAUCGUGCUGGACGUGUUUGUUAAGUGGGAGCACAGGCCUCCCAGCUCCACAGAGGGACGCGGCGAGAACCGGAACGAAGUCAAAGCAGAAGGCAGAUCAAAACCAGACCAGAAGAAGCCAGAAGAAGCUCACAAGUCUGAAGGCCUGAUCCACCUGGCCACCAACACGGGCAAAGGAGUAUCACUGGGACAAUUGUGGUUGGAGCUUUUUCGCUUCUACACUCUGGAGUUUGCUCUGGAGGAAUACAUCAUCAGCAUCCGGCUGAAGGAGCUGCUCUCGAGGGAGGCAAAGAACUGGCCUCGCCGCAGGCUCGCAAUUGAAGAUCCUUUUUCCUUGAAGAGAAAUGUGGCUCGAAGUUUGAACAGCCAAAUGGUGUUUGAGUACAUCCAGGAGCGCUUCCGCUCUGCUUACAAAUACUUCGCCUGCCCCCAGAAGAGGGGCGCCGCCAGACGCCAAGGGAACAAGAAGGUGGAGGCCGACAGGAGGGAAGAAGAAAGUGUGAGCGCUCAGAGCGGCUCUGAUGACGAAGACGGCGCCGAGUCCAAAAGAGAUGAGCAGACUGUAGAUGCUCGACUCAGAAACAUGCUUCUCAGCAAGGAGAGCAAGGCCUCCUCACCUCCUAAUGGCCUGCUGGACAGUGAUGAAGAAGAGGAGGAGGAGGAGGAGGAGGAGAACAGGGUUCCAGAGACGGACGAGUCGUUUACAGCAGAUGAUCUGCACUAUGUGUUUGAUAGAAUGAUUUUUACAGGAGGGAAGCCUCCGACUGUGGUGUGCAGCAUCUGCAAGCGAGAUGGUCACCUGAAGGACGAGUGUCCUGAAGAUUUCAAAAAGAUCGAGCUGAACCCUCUGCCCCCGAUGAACGAGCGCUUCAGGGAGAUCCUCGAUGGACUCUGCGAGUUCUGCUACUAUGAACUGUCACCUUCUCCUGUGGAGCAGCAGAAAAGGGAACAGAUCCUCGCCGGCCUGGAAAGAUUCAUCAGGAAAGAGUUCAAUGAAAAAGCUCAGCUUUGUUUGUUCGGCUCUUCAAAAAACGGCUUUGGUUUCCGCGACAGUGACCUGGACAUCUGCAUGACUCUGGAAGGUCACGACUCUGCUGAGAAGCUGAACUGUAAAGAAAUAAUUGAAGGUCUUGCAAAGGUGCUAAAGAAACACACAGGUUUAAGAAACAUCCUGCCUAUCACCACAGCUAAAGUGCCUAUUGUGAAGUUUGAACACAGGCAAAGUGGUUUGGAAGGAGACAUCAGCCUUUAUAACACCCUGGCUCAACACAACACCAGGAUGUUGGCAACAUACGCGGCUUUGGAUCCACGCGUUCAGUUCCUGGGAUACACAAUGAAGGUCUUUGCAAAGCGCUGCGACAUUGGUGAUGCUUCCAGAGGAAGCCUGUCCUCCUAUGCCUACAUCUUGAUGGUGCUUUACUUCCUGCAGCAGAGGCAGCCACCAGUUAUUCCCGUCCUGCAGGAGAUCUUUGAUGGUACGACUGUUCCCCAGAGGAUGGUAGAUGGCUGGAACGCUUUCUUUUUUGAUGACAUUGCAGAUCUGCGUCAGCGCCUCGCAGGGCGCCAGCCCAACAUGGAGUCGGUGGGGGAGUUGUGGCUGGGGCUUCUUCGAUUUUACACCGAAGAGUUCGACUUUAAGGAGCACGUUAUCAGCAUCCGCCAGAGGAAACGCCUCACCACGUUCGAGAAGCAGUGGACGAGCAAAUGCAUCGCCAUCGAAGAUCCCUUCGACUUGAAUCACAAUCUUGGUGCUGGAGUUUCCCGCAAAAUGACGAACUUCAUCAUGAAGGCCUUUAUAAAUGGGAGAAAGUUGUUUGGGACGCCCUUUUAUCCUCUUCCCGGCACUGAAGUGGACUACUUCUUCGACUCAAAGGUGCUGACAGACGGCGAGCUGGCCCCAAACGACAGGUGCUGCAGGAUCUGCGGGAAGAUCGGACAUUACAUGAAGGACUGUCCCAAGAGGCGCAGGAUGAAGAAGAAAGAAAACGACAAAGAUGACGACGUCAAAGAGGAGGAGCGGGAGCCGAAGGACAGGCGCUGUUUUCAGUGUGGGGACCCGGGUCACGUGAGGCGAGACUGUCCCGAGUACCGUCACCUUAAACAAAGGAAUCCUGGUGCUCCAGCUCCUCACAUGGUACGACCCAUGGUGAGCUCCCAGUCCAUCCCUGUUCCUCAGGCGGGUGUCGACUGUCCCGGAAGAACCAGACAGCCUUCGGAAUGUUCUGACAGUCGCCAGACUCCACCUUACUCUCCUCAGCCUGGCUCCGCCCCCCAGAGUUCAUCCCAGCUUUCUGGCUCUCCUCAGUCCUCCCACAGCAAGACGAGUGGAGGUCCUCAGAAGCAGCCCGCCCACCCCCAGGUCCCGUUCUCUCUCUUUAGCUUUCCUUCCUCCAGCCCGGGCCAGUAUCACCCUGGGGCUCUCACAGCUCUGGGCCUCCUCCCACACCCCCAGCACCAGUCACACCAGUCCCAGGGGCAGCCACACCACCCAGUCCACAUCCCCUCCACUUCCUGGCCCAUCCACGGCCCGGUCCUCACUUCCUCCUCCCCCACAGUCCCCUCCCCGCCAGGUCUGAAAUUUGCCCUGCGCUCAGCCGCCAGGAGUACGGGCUCGGGCGGCAACCCCACUCCCAUGAACCUGAACGACCCGAGCAUCAUCUUCGCCCAGCCGGCGGGGAGGCAGGGGCACUGGCGCAACCACAUGGCUCAGCCGGGGUCACUGAUGGGGAAUGGCACAGUGGGCAAGUCAGAGUCAGGCCACCAGGCCCAGCCUUCAAACGUGAGUCAAGGCUCCCGCUUGUGGGACCACAACAAAGGUCCCCAGUACACCCUGCCUCCGUCCUGGACCUACGGGAUGCCGCAGAACUUCAUCCAACCGGGGAACGCAGGAUUCCAGCCUGGAAAACCCUUCAUAGCUCAAGGUUCUGUGGUGCAUCCAAACCCCAACUUCCCUUUGGUCCCCCACGUCCGCCAUCAAGUCAAUUUGAACUUUAUUCAGCAGAAGAAAUGAACUCUCCCCUUUUUAAUCAGUCAGUAACACAGUCGAUCAAAUCACUACUCACUUGAAAAUUUUUUAAAAGGAAUUUUAUCUUUUUUGUACAGUUUUUAUUUUUGUCUCAUUUAUUUUGAUUUGUGAUACAAAUGUCAAAUAUUUUAAUACCCCCGUUUUUGAGGGGGUCCCUCCCCACAAAAAAAGUUUUUAUUUUAUGUGUAUAGUAAGAAAAAAAAAAGGUAAACCUUUAUUUUUAUUAGCUGUAUUCAUACUUUGCUUGCUUCAAGAUGAAGGCUUCAAAUAGAUGAACAACCUGAUGUGAUAUUCUGAUUAUGUAGUGCCAACAGCAGAGAAAGACAGAAAAAAAGGGACAAAAUUGUUACAGUGGAAAAAAAGCAAUAAAAAUAAAGAAAAAACAAAUGCG